GCGGUAAUUCCGGAAUUGUCGACCUUGACAUCAUUCCGACUUGUUAUUCGUCUUAAAUUCGUGGGACUUGGUGUUCUCAGUCAAUCCCAAACUGACGGGAAGGCUAUAUCCAAAGGGGUUGAUCAUCUCGGCACGACCCUUUUUUGAUCGUCUUUAGAGCAAUUUUAAAGUUAGUAGACUAGUCUACUACUUGGUCGUAUUCACGAAUUAACUACCAGUUAAACUAGUUUAAAUAGGUUCCUGAAGUAGACCAGGUUUACUAAAUAUGUCCUACAGUAGUCUCUGUUAUUUUUCGUUUUUGUUGUUUGUUGAAUUACGCCAGAAGCUGUCACUUAUCCGUGGUCAUAGUUCCCCUUGGAUUUAUUUUGAUAUAUUGCUUUUCCCUUAUGUACGCUCUUGAUGUAACAUCAACCGCUCAUAAAAUAUUUUGUGCCACAAAUACGUAAUUGUGUAAUUGGUGUUUUUAAACUUUAGUUUUUAUAUGUUUAGCUGUAGUUUAUUCAUUUACCGUUUGAAAGUUACACGUCGGUUUAUAAAUUAACCCUCAAUAAUUUUUCCGUCUUCAAUAAAUUCAUUUUCAUUACUUUCAUUCUACCUUAAUAAAUUUUAUACAUUCGUCGCACUAAUUGAUCUUGGUCACAACUCUCUCUGUGCUAAACUUGUUUUAGAUGGAUGUGGCUAAGCUUUUACACUUAAAUAAUGAGAAACAGGCUAUCCUUUUGCAACUGUCUGUGGUGUGUGUCGCUGCUAUUUUAGCUUUUGCUGUUAGAUUGUACUCUGUUAUUCGUUUCGAAUCUGUUAUUCAUGAAUUUGAUCCUUAUUUUAAUUAUCGAACUACACGUUUUAUGACUGAGAAUGGAUUUUACCAAUUUCAUGAUUGGUUCGAUGAUAUGGCAUGGUAUCCACUUGGAAGGAUUAUUGGAGGUACAAUUUAUCCUGGUCUUAUGAUGACAUCUUCUUUUAUAUACUCACUACUUCAUGCUAUAAAUGUUACCAUGGAUAUACGAAACAUAUGUGUAUUUUUAGCACCUUUGUUUUCAAGUUUUACAACUUUAGCAACCUUUUUACUGACAAGUGAGAUUCAGGACACUAGUUCUGGCCUAAUAGCUGCUGCUUUGGUUGCAAUUGUACCUGGUUAUAUUAGCCGAUCAGUUGCAGGUUCUUAUGAUAACGAAGGAAUCGCCAUAUUCUGCAUGAUAUUUACGUUCUAUCUGUGGAUUAAAGCUGUUAAAACCGGUUACUUGUUCUGGGCUUGCGCUUGCAGCUUAGCGUACUUCUACAUGGUUUCUUCCUGGGGUGGAUACGUAUUUUUAAUAAACAUCAUACCUAUUCAUGUAUUAAUGCUCAUGCUUACUGGAAGAUUUUCAAGUCGUGUUUACUCUGCCUACUCUACUGUCUACGUUCUAGGCACUAUACUGUCAAUGCAGAUUAGUUUUGUUGGCUUCGCUCCUAUAAUAUCCAGUGAACAUAUAGGAGCUCUCGGGGUGUUUGGAUUAUGUCAACUUUUCUCCUUUUAUACGUACCUUCGUGGGGCUUUAUCUUCUGAACAACUGUCAAUAGUUUUGCGUGUUUUUGGUUUAUCAUUGUUUGGUAUAUCGUUGAUUGGUGGUUCUGUGUUGUCUGCUACAGGAAAAAUAUCACCCUGGACUGGACGAUUCUAUUCUCUGUUGGACCCAACUUAUGCCAAAAAUCAUAUCCCAAUCAUUGCUUCUGUAGCUGAGCAUCAGCCGACCGCUUGGAGUUGUUAUUAUUUCGAUCUUCAUUUCUUAACGGUAAUGUUUCCUGUGGGUUUAUACUAUUGCUUCCGGAAAUUGACAGAUGCCGGUAUCUUUGCAAUAAUAUAUGGCGUUACAAGCGUUUACUUUUCGGGUGUUAUGGUUCGGCUUAUCUUAGUAUUAGCACCAAUAAUGUGUAUUUUGGGUGCAAUUGGAGUUUCUGGAAUUUUGAAAUCAUUUUCAGUUAAUCUUAAUGUACCAGAUAGUCAAAGUACGAAAACACCAAGUAAACUUACCGCAGCUAAUGGAUAUCCAUCUAUUCCAAAUAGUAAUAAACUUUAUAAAAAUACAGUCCAAGACUCGACUUAUCCGUUCAAAAAUACAGUAGCUACAUUUAUGGUUCUGCUUAUAUUAUUUCUGUUAAUACUAUUCACUAGGCAUUGUAUAUGGGUUAUAUCGUCUUCAUAUUCUCAUCCAUCGAUUGUGUUAGAAACUGUAGAUGGUUUUGGUAAUCGUCAUAUAUUAGAUGAUUAUAGAGAAGCAUAUUAUUGGCUUAGAGAGAAUACAAAGGCUGAUGCUAAAGUUAUGUCUUGGUGGGAUUAUGGCUAUCAGAUUACUGCUAUAGCUAAUCGAACUGUGCUUGUGGACAAUAAUACAUGGAAUAAUACUCAUAUUGGUCGUGUAGGUCAAGCUAUGGCAUCAUCUGAAGAGGAAGCUUAUGAAAUUAUGAAAGAAUUAGAUGUUGACUAUGUACUGGUUAUUUUCGGUGGUGUACUGGGGUACAGUUCUGAUGAUAUCAAUAAAUUUAUCUGGAUGGUACGUAUAGCUGGUAGUACAGAAAAAGGUCGUCAUGUACAUGAGAAUGAUUACUAUUCACCGCAAGGUGAAAUGCGUGUAGAUGAUAGAGCUAGUCCUACCAUGCAGAACUGUUUACUGUACAAACUUAGUUAUUAUCGAUUCUGGGAAAUGAAAACUGAUAAAACUAAGCCACCUGGAUUUGAUCGUGUACGUGGUCAAGUAAUUGGGCAUCGAAAUUAUGAACUACAUGGUUUAGAGGAAGCAUUUACUUCUUCCAGUUGGCUUGUACGAAUAUUCCGGGUAAAAUCAUAUGCAAAUCGAGGAGUUAACUAAUUUUUGUAUUUUCUUUUUCAAAAUAUAUGUUUAUAUAUAAAGGAU